UCCCCGCCCCGCGGCGCUCUCCCCGCACCGCCCGCCCUGCGCCGCCGCUGCCAUUGGGAGCCGAGCCGCGCCGAGCCGAGCCGAGCAGCGCCGAGCCCAGGCAGCCGCCGGUCCCGCUCCGCCGCCAUCGCCAUGAGCUUCUUGUUUGGCAGUCGCUCUUCCAAGACCUUCAAGCCAAAGAAGAACAUUCCAGAGGGCUCUCACCAGUAUGAGCUGCUGAAGCACGCCGAGGCCACGCUGGGCAGCGGCAAUCUGCGCAUGGCUGUCAUGCUGCCGGAGGGGGAGGACUUGAACGAGUGGGUUGCAGUCAACACUGUCGACUUCUUCAACCAGAUCAACAUGCUGUAUGGAACCAUCACAGACUUCUGCACGGAGGAGAGCUGCCCUGUGAUGUCUGCUGGCCCCAAAUAUGAGUACCACUGGGCAGAUGGGACAAACAUAAAGAAACCAAUUAAGUGCUCAGCACCAAAGUACAUUGAUUACCUGAUGACUUGGGUCCAGGAUCAGCUGGAUGAUGAAACUCUCUUUCCUUCCAAAAUAGGUGUUCCCUUCCCAAAGAACUUCAUGUCAGUGGCAAAGACGAUUUUGAAGCGUCUCUUCAGAGUCUACGCUCACAUUUACCACCAGCACUUCGACCCAGUGAUCCAGCUGCAGGAGGAGGCUCACCUUAACACUUCCUUCAAGCACUUUAUAUUCUUUGUUCAGGAAUUCAACCUCAUCGAGAGGAGAGAGCUCGCACCGCUGCAAGAACUGAUUGAAAAACUCACCUCUAAGGACAGAUAAAAGGAGGAGGAGUUCUUCAAGCCCCUUGUUUCUUUAAGCAAGAGUUUGGGUAUUUGGGUUUUAUCAUUUUGGUUUGGUUUGGUUUGUAUCUUUUUUUUUAACAGCAAAACCCAAGAGAACAAGGCCCCUGUGCUGUUCCCGGUGACAGCCAAGAUCUCCUCCCUGUGCUUUGCUCAGGGGAGGUCUCUCCUCUGUCAGUGACCCAGUGCUAAACACCUUCCUCUUUUU